AUUAAAGGCAUGAAGACGGGGGAGUGCCAGGUGGCCGAGGUGGCGUGCCAGGCCUGUGACCCCGUGCUGUACUGCAACGCCCGCACUCCCUGCCGGUGCCGGGCAGCGGCGCUCAGCACAGACCAGGGGUUGACAUUCGAGAGCCCCUCCUCAUGCAAGAAGCUGUGCGAGCCGCCUCACGGCUGCCAGGGCAGCGUGGUGAGCUUCACGCCGACAGCAGGGCUUCUAGAGGCCGAUGGCGUGGAAGGGCCAGAUGCCCCAGCCUCCAAGACGACCUGCCCAUUGAACGGUGGGAACACCCCCUCCGCCAUCCACAGAAACACCGUGUCGUGGCUGCUUUAUUCCCACCCAAUGAGUAAACACAAGCGGGUUAAUCUGGGCAUCUACCUCAACCGGUCCCCAUUGAACGAGGCCAAGUGGGGACACCCCUGGCUCCUGUACAAAGGGCCGUGCGGUUACUCGGACCUGGCCGUGUGCCAGGAGGCGCCAGCGCCGCUCUUGUUUGGCUGCCUGUUUGAGUGCGGGGUGAAUCACGCGUGUGAGGAGAUCGCCUUCCAGCUCUUCUGCUUUGAGGAUCCUCAAAGCUAAAAUCCGACCAGCAGUGUCCUCCGGGGGGGUAAGGC